GGGCUCAAGUCAUCCUCCUGUUUCAGCUUCCCAAGUAGCUGGGACUACAGACAUGCACCAUGGUCUCAAACCUUUGGGCUCUUGCUUCCACCUCCCAAAGUGCUGGAA